AUGGCGUCGACGCCGGACGUCGCGCUCAUCGCGGUGAACGCGCGGUGCGACGGGAGCGAUGGCGCGGCGUUGGUGUCGUACGCGGUGCUGGAGGCGAUCGAAUCGAUCGAGGACGUGACGGAGGUGUGUUUUAUAUGCGCGACGCGGGACGAGGCGCUGGAGCUCGAGCGGAGAGACGAGGAAAGUUUUCUGGCGUACGAGGACGUGCGUAACGGCGCGCGGUGGUCGGACGAUGUUGGGAUCGUGAAACGACCGCUGGGAGAGCGUGGGGUGAACGGAGGGGACGGGGUGUUGGCGAUCGCGCUCGCGGCUUUGGACGCGCGCGGGACGCGCGUGCGGGCGUUGUACGCGCCGGCGCACGCGCGGUGCUCGACGAGCGAGGCGCUGAGGGUGACGCACGGGUUAGGGCGCGCGGUUGAGAGAAGUGCUUUCGGUUUGGUCGGGUACGACGCGGCGGCGGUGGAACGUUUGGUGCCGGCAUCGUCGGGGGAUCGAGAGACGAACGAGUCGCUGUACACGUGA